CCUCUUUUUAUUUUAUUUCUUUCUAACUUAUCAUAUGGUAUAUAUAUCACCCAACCAGAGCUCCAUUUGUUUUCACAUCAUCAUAUCUUUCUCUUCCCAUUAUUCUUCCAAAUCCUCCAAUUUUAUUACAAAACAUUGUCUCAUUCUUCGAUCCAAAUAUUUUAAUUCAAUGGCCGAAGUUUUGCUACCGAGGAAGAUGGAUAUUACCAACGAUCCUUCAAAGUUUGGAUCACCGGAUCUUCUUCAUGUUCUUGCCGUCGACGACAGUCACGUUGAUCGGAAAUUCAUCGAGCGUUUGCUCAGAGUCUCUUCUUGCAAAGUAACUGUUGUGGAUAGUGCGACAAGAGCUCUCCAAUACCUUGGAUUGGAUGUUGAGGAAAAACCCCUCGGCUUUGAGGAUUUGAAGGUUAACUUAAUUAUGACGGAUUAUUCGAUGCCCGGUAUGACUGGAUAUGAGCUCUUGAAGAAGAUCAAAGAAUCAUCAGCUUUUAGAGAAGUACCGGUGGUGAUCAUGUCCUCGGAGAACAUUUUGCCUCGUAUUGAUAGAUGUCUUGAAGAAGGGGCUGAAGAUUUCUUACUGAAGCCGGUAAAACUCUCGGAUGUAAGAAGAUUAAGAGAUUCUCUAAUGAAAGUUGAAGAUUUGUCUUUCACAAAGAGUACUCAGAAGAGAGAGCUAGAAACCGAGAAUGCCUACUCUUUUGAUUCACCUGUUCAAUCACAGCCCAAACGUGCAAAGAUAUGAGCUUUCCGAUACAAAUUCCAUGACUGGAUCUUACAAAAAGCUUUUACUAUAUAGAAGCCUCAAGACUCACUGCACUUGAGCCUACACUGAGGAUUUCACUCCAGCUUAAUGACCCUUAUAAUUUCCAGCCCCUAUGGCUCUUUUUGAUGAUUAGAUUCAAUGGGUUAAUUCAUAAUGUAGUAAUGUAAAUGGUAUAGAGAGGAGUCAAACUAUAUUUUAUUCGUUAGAUCAAUCUUAGCUUUUUUUCCUUACAAGAGAGACUUGUAAGCUGGUUUAAUGGAAGUUAUUAAGAAGAAGCCUCACUCUAUGUGAAUAAAAUGAUUUGUUGGAUAAUCUCAUAA